ACUAAUAAACCCGGAAGUUCCACGGGCUCUUUCAUCUCGGCAUUUGACGCGUGAAAAGCAGCGAGACAGACUCACUCCUGUCGUUUCUGAGGCUUUUCUUGCUGUGUUUGUGCAUCUGGAUUUAAAAUGCCUCUUAAAUUUGAGUUAUGUCCCGGUCGCAUGAUCGGAGGAAACAACCCGUGUUUCAUUAUUGCAGAAAUCGGACAGAAUCAUCAGGGAGACAUUGAAAUCGCCAAAGAAAUGAUCAAGAUGGCAAAGCUACAGGAAUAUCAAAAAGAAUUUCCAGACAUUCCCAUUGGUUACUCCGGCCAUGAAAGUGGGAUCAGCAUCACAGUCGGGGCAGUUGCACUGGGAGCAAAGGUCGUGGAGCGCCACGUGACCUUGGACAAGACCUGGAAAGGCAGCGAUCAUGCGGCAUCUCUGGAGCCCGAAGAGCUGGCUGAGCUGGUGCGAUCGAUCCGCACUGUGGAGAGAGCUUUGGGCACUGGGGUGAAACGCAUGCUGCCCUGCGAGGUGCCAUGCCAUGAUAAGGUGCAAUAAGAACCAGUGCAAAUGCA